AUGGGAGGAGGGCCAAAUAGCUGGUAUGGUUCGCCAAAAAGACUAUUCAGUGAUGUCCUCCGGGAUGAGACCUGGUAUGUGGAGGAGUCGGAUUCAGAGAACGUUGCUCAGCGGGAAAAGGAGGAGGAUGAUAUCCCAAACAUUGAUGACGAUCCUAAGUGCCCCACAAUCCCGUUCACAGCGGCGCAGAAGAUAAGGUGGCGAAGGGAAUGGAGAUCAGCACUAGUAGUUAGGGGGUUGGAGAGGAAGGUGUAUUUCCCGGCACUCGAAAAAAGAUUGAACUAUCUCUGGGCAAAGCAUGGUGACCUCCAAAUAUCGGACCUAAAGAACGGGUGUUUCCUGGUGAAGUUUAGGAACAAAUUUGAUUACGAACAUGCCCUCACAGGAGGCCCGUGGCUAUUGGGUGAGACAUACCUGACGGUGCAUAGAUGGUACAAGGGUUUCAACCCGUGGAAGGCGGAAGUUAAAUCCACCAUGAUAUGGGUACAGUUGCCUGAAUUGCCGAUUGAGUUCAUUAAUAAAGAAGCAGUAAUGAUGAUUGGACAAGCGAUAGGCAUCCCAAUAAGAGUGGACCGAGCAACGGAAUUGGGAGCUAGGGGAAAGUUUGCUAGAGUAUGUGUGGAGGUCGACUUAACGAAGCCUCUCCUAUCUCAGUUUAAGAUUGAAGGAGUGACAUACUUAAUACAAUAUGAAGGGAUUGAAAAUAUAUGUAGUAAUUGCGGUAUGUAUGGAAAGAAGGCGCACCAAUGUCAAUGUCAAAAUCUCAUGCAGACGGGAGAGGAUGAAGAUAUGCAGGGAACGGGACAAGAAACUCCUCCGACUAACCCUACUGAAGGGCAAGUGUAUGGGGAGUGGAUGACGGUUCGUAAAAAGCGACUGAUUCGGAGAGAAGCCUCACCCCCGCUGGCGGAGAAAAAAGGAGGAGUAGGAGAUGAUAGGGGUGGCCGGUUCCACGUGCUGCAUGGCUAUGGGGAUGACGUUGAGGUUGGGGAGAAAGGGAACCAGGCUGCAAAUGAAAAGCUCCAGACAAGAAAAUCUACAGUGGCGGGGAAGAAUGAUAGCCCAAGUGAAGUGGAGAGUGGAAGUCUGCAAGACCGAGAAAAUACCAAAGAGUGCCCAGUGAGGGCUAGUGGGAGUAAUAAGGGAGGAAAAGGACAGGGGGAGAAGAGGAAACAAGGUACGAAGACGGGCCAACAGGGGCUGGAAAAAAACCCCAAGGAGAAAGGCGGUAAUAGAGGGGAGAUGGCAGGGAACAAGUCGGGGAAGAAGGGGCAGGAGAGUAGCCCCAAACAGCGAAUUACGGUGAACAAGGAUAGUUCGGAGAAGGCAAAAAAUACUAAGGGUGCGGGGAACCUAUCCCCUUCAGGUCAUAAAUGA